UUUUUUUUUUAAUUUGUUUCAAUGCUGAAAUAACAUUUAUUUUCAACAUUGAAAAAUUGUGUUCAUUUUCAAUGUAGAAAAAUCACCAUUACUUCAACGUUCAAAAGAUACUUCAGUGUUGUUUUGACGUGUGAAAUUUGUUGGUAUACAAGAUACAAUAUAUUGACCAAUCAAGGGCCCCGGAAGGCAUUGUUGACAAAAGAAGUAUAAUCUAUUAAGACAUUAUUUCUAUAGAAAAUCAACAAUGGUAUAUAUCAACAUUGUUUUUUCAAAGUUGAAUCAACAUUGCUUAAUGUUUGUUAAACUUUUCAUCCACAAUCCAAUGUUAAAAUAACGUUGAAUAUACCUUUCAAGUACUUGAUUCAAAUGCAACCAUGGCGUAAAGUUCUGUCAAGCUUAGGGAGCACAAACUGAUAUGACGUAUUUGUUUUGAACUGUAGAUACUUAAAAUAAUGCUGAAAUCAGCAACACUGUACGUGCAUAUUUUUAACAAAUACCGGGUGAUAAUCACUCUCUCUCACAUCCAAUACUGCCUGUAAAGAUAACUGGAAUUGUUUUGAUAAAGGUCGGAAUAUAUUUAGAAUAUGAGUAUACACACGAGCCAGACACAUCUGUGUGUGGCUGUCAGAUUCCCUCAACCUUCCGGGGCGAUGGCUCGCUAGGAAGAAAAAAUGUUAGUACAAGCGAAUGCAUCAUGACGGACAGAAAACGGUACAGUACUGACUGAGGGAUGGAUCCACCGAAAAUUGUCAUCACGAAGGAAAAGCUCAAUGGCGGGUCUCUAAUUCGUAAAACCUCCAUUAGGAGAAGAAUUUCCUUGAAAGAAGACAAGAAAGACAAAUACGGAAACUGGACGGAGAAAUAUGGUCGGAUUAAGAACACUAUGCUGUUGGAUCGUGGAGUACAAAAUACACUGGAAUCCCUGCAGGAACGCUGGAGGAUGCUCAUGUUCAUGUACGAUGAUUGCGUGGAAAUGGUCAAAACCAGACAGCAGAACCGACUCUGCAGACGACAGCUGAAACAAAGGCGGGAAAUGAUAGCAUGUUUCAUCAUUUACUUUGCCGUGACCUUCCCAGUGUUGAUUGUAAUACUCUUGGCAUACUUCAUAUUGUUAUGAAUAGUAGCUGUAUCGUCAGUGACGUCAUCCAUUCCAACAUCUGUGUACAUCAUUAAUUAUGUGUACCAUAUUCAGAACUAGCGUUUGUCAUUUAUCAUGACUGAAAAGGAUAGGAAUAUAAUGACGCAAUAUUGUACAAAGUGAUAAGUAAUCAAGAAAUGUACAUGUGAUUAUAUGUGAUAUUUGUAUCAAAGUUUGUAUGUGACCAUAAAAAAGGGACAUUACAAUAUUUAAGUAGGCAUUCGCCUGCCAAGAA